UUUUGCCUGACAAAACGCCACAACUGGGAGGUUAAGAAGGCUAGACGCAAAGGAAAACCAGAAGUCGUACUUUUUCUCCUGUGCAAUUAUCGCUCCUCUUGAUAAAAUCUACCUAUGCGUAUCAAGGCGCCCCAAAUUGCCCCAAAUGCACUCCUUUGCUACCAUGAUUCCUAUCACCCACCAUCUACUGCGCAACAUCUGCUUCUUUCUUGUCCUGGGUCUUCUCCCUCAACAGACCCUCGCUCAAGGCAAACUCGCCCUUUAUCUCGACUUUGCUUGCUCGACCCCAAGCAGUCUUGAGCCUUCCGUCUCACUCCCUCUAUCCACCUGUCUUGUGCCAGUAGGUGCAGUGUCACUUGCAAUUCAACAAUUCCCAAAAUGCGACAGCGGUACCGCAAGCAUGAUCAUGUAUGAGGACACCAGCUGUGCCCUCAAUACCUUCUCCAAGAGCAAGUCCUAUACUGGCUGGUCGUCCAGGGACAAUUGUUUCUAUUGGUUGAUAGGAAAGAGCAUUCCAGGGGUCAUGUUCACUUGCGAGGAACCAGCAACCAAUCCCCAGCCGACAAGCACAUCCACCGUUAGGGCGUCUAUCAUCGCUGGAGUGGCAACUGACGACCCUGCAACCGGCUCGGCAACCGGUCCAGCAGAUGCGUCUAAGACAACCGCUGCUUCGACAGGAAAGACCACUGCUUCGACAGGGAAGACCACUGCCACGACCCAGACUGGCACUGGCACUGGCUCCACUACGACGUCAACCGCCGGGACCUCCUCAGACAAUGCUAGCAGCAGCAAUUCUUCUGGCCUCGGCAGAAGCGACAAGAUAGCAAUCGGUGUGGGACUGGGAGUUGGGAUACCAAGUAUUGUAAUUGGUUUCCUAGCUUGGUUUUGGCCUCGAAAGAAGUCUUGAUUGGGCAACAAUGUCGCUGUAUUAUGUAGGAUGGUAGGCAACUUUUACUGUGGGGGUCAUGUAUUACUCUCUGCUUAGGUAGUGUACGGAAGUAGUUCUCUGGUACUCCGCGAGGGAGGUAUCAAGUGUUGAAGGUUCUCCAAUUAAACAAACCAGGGUCAGCGUUGGUCUCAAAGAAGAUGUGGUUGGUUCCGAGAUAUUCCCCCAUUGGGAUUAUCCCGACUCAGGGUCUCCCCAAAUGCCACCUUCCCCAGUUCCCCCUGAUUUAGGCUAAAAUCACCUCCUCAAACGUUACCGGGUUGAGAGAACGCCAAGAGUUAAUAAAGCAGCAAGCUUCU